AUGAGGAAAUGGACAGUUGAUGAAGAAAUCAAGUUGUUUAAUCUAAUAUAUUACAAGGAAGGUGAUGAAAUCAAAGAAGAAAGUGAACAAGGGGAAGAAGAAGAAGAAGAAAUAGUUUCACCACAGCUGGCAGAAGACUCUGAUAGUGAAGUUAAGGAUGAACAUAAGAAGUCCAACAUCAACAAAUCUAAAAAGUCGAAUACCAAAGAGGUUUCAGAAACAGUGGAAAGUAGCGAGGCUGAAGAAGAUGACAAUGAAUCGGGUACUGAUGAGGGUACCCCAGAAAUCGAGGAUGAUGUAGAAGCAGAAUCACCUUCAAAAAGAGCCACAAGAGGUGGUGCUAGAAAGCAAGUCUCUACAGAGACAAAAGGUAAGUUAAAGAAGCGUACUCGCUCUUCAGCUAGACUUGAUUCCAUAGAAACUACUCCUCCAGCUUCUAAAAGAAGACAAUCCAAAGCUACCACCUCUUCCCCACAAUCACAGAACUUUAGAAGACGCACAAGGUCGGAAACGCAUAAUGAUGAUUCAGAAGCUCCUGAAGAUACUCCUAUCAAACUGGAGUCCGAUAAAGAUAAAGAAACCUUUAGUGGGAAAAACAAAGAAACGGAUCCAGACACAGAUAAAGAGAAGGAUACAGAGAAAGAGAAAGAUAAGGAUUCCGAAGAGGAUCUGAAGCCUCAAACGAGAAGGUCAACUAGAGGAAGUGCUCCUAAAGCUCAACAACAGCCUAUAAGAAGAAGUAGCAGGAAAAAAUAG